AUGUACUGCUGUUCCCACACUCCGUUCUCUGUUAGCGAACCUCGUGGAUCUAGGCUCUCAAUCCGCGCAGAAUACUACGACUCUCACUCCCCUUUUACGGCUCCCUCGGUAAAAAUUGUAGAUUACCGCGCUAACGCAGCAGCUCAUGCGCAAUAGGAAUCGAAGGGAGCCGAAAACGCCGUCACGCUGGCCGACUACAUGCCUCUCAACGACUACACUCUGAAGCAAGACAAUCGUCUCCACGUUGUCGCCUACACCAGAAGGAUGAUCGGCCGCUCAGUUAUAUAG